AUGGGGCGGGGCCUGAGCAGAGGGCGGAGUGUAGCCACUUGCACUUCCUGGGUCUCGCGUCUAGGCGGCCAGAUGACCUGUCAGCGCUUCCCCUGGGACCACCUGGAUGACAUUGUCUUUUGCUCCGGGAAACCUCUUCAGGAAGCCAGCGAGGCCAAGGAAAGAGGUUCCCAUACCUCCAAGCUGGCUGUGACUUUGGUUUUCGGGGCUUCCCUGCUACGUCGAGUGACUGGUCUGGCGGCCUCGGGAGAGUUGUUCCUACGAGCCUGUCUCACCUCAGCUCUAAUUAUGUCACACCCCACGCGUGCUGAAGGGAACGCCCACAGUAAGGCACGAAUGUCUCCUUACCCUCGGUCCACGGUUGAGCGAAGUCACGUCCCAGAUGAAAAAGUGCCUUGGCGGGUUGAUUGGCAUGAAUAUAAGCCUGUGGAAUAUACAGCUCCUGCCAUCCUUGCAGGGCCCGCGUGGGCAGACCAACAGAUAGGUGAAAGGGAUUUUUCCCCAAAAUUCAAUGAGAAGGAUGGACUUGUUGAUCGCAGGAGCCACAAUGGCACAUAUGAAAUUGAAAAUGGGCGACCUAGAAAUCCUGCAGGGCGCACGGGACUUGGUGGCAGGGGACUCUUGGGACGUUGGGGCCCAAACCACGCCGCAGACCCCAUCGUUACUAGAUGGAAAAGGGACAACCAUGGAAAUAAGGUCUCCCACCCUGUUUCUGGGAAAGACAUCCUACAGUUUGUAGCCAUAAAACGGAAAGAUUGUGGAGAAUGGGCAAUCCCAGGGGGCAUGGUGGAUCCAGGAGAGAAAAUCAGUGCUACCUUGAAACGAGAGUUUGGUGAAGAAGCAAUGAAUUCCUUAGUGAAGUCUAAAGUUAAAAAGAAAGAGCUGGAGGAACAACUGAACAAACUUUUCAGCCAGGAGCAUUUAAUGGUUUAUAAGGGGUAUGUGGAUGAUCCUCGGAACACUGAUAAUGCAUGGAUGGAGACAGAAGCUGUGAACUACCAUGAUGAAACAGGUGAGACGAUGGAUAAUCUGACUCUCGAAGCAGGAGAUGAUGCUGGGAAGGUUAAAUGGGUAGAAAUCAGUGAUAAACUCAAGCUUUAUGCCAGUCACUCCCAAUUCAUUGAACUUGUGGCGGAGAAACGAGGAGCUCACUGGAGUGAGGAUGGAGAUCCGGGCUACCAUGGAUGAUAGCUUAGGAAACAACGUGUAUAAACAGUUCUGGGUCCAGAGAAAGCGCUUAGAAUGCUCAUUUAAAAGGGUCAUAAGGUUGACCUCAAAGAAGAAACUUUAGAAGAUGCCUACCCUGAUACUUUGCUUAGUUGAGGGACUCAGAGUAUAAAUCACUGUAUAUAUAUAAUUUUGUCAUUCUCUUUGGUUUUUAUGUACUUUCCACCCUCUUAAAAAUUCUUUGUUAUAGAGAAUGUCUUUCUGUAGGGGAAGGGAAGUGGCUCAUGAGGUACUGAAAAAAUUAAGACAAAUCACAUCCCAAACUGUCUGUAAUUGCCCCUAAGUCAGGGAUUUGUAUUAAGUAGAGUGAAAUGGGAAAGAGAAGAAAAGCUUUUUAGUCAUAAGAAGAUAAAUAUAAAUUGCAUUUCAUACAUGUUAUUUUUAUAUUCUUCUUAGCCUUUCAAUACUUGUAGGCCAAAGUAAAUGCCUAGCCACCAACUUUCUUUGCUUUUUUUUUUCUCUGCCAAUUCUUUCGAUAAUUUGUUCUGCUUAAUUUUUCUCCACCUGAAUUUUGUAGUACUGCUGUUUUCAUGCCAUAGCAUGUGUGCCAGAAGGAGCCAUAACAUUAGCAAUGGUCUAAGUAGCCUGAUUUUUGUGUUAACUGUUUCAAAAUUAAUUUUGUGUAGUCAUGUUAAAACUACUUUUAGUAUUGGAAACUGAGUAUUUUUAACUUUUAAGCGAUCGACUAUAUGUAAAAAAUCUAGUUAUUGUUUUAUAAAGUGAUAAUAAAAUACUUAAGAACCAGCACUCAAAUUGUUUCCAUUUUAGAAAAUCCUCAAUAAAGCC